CAACUCUCGUCUCUCAAUCAUUCUAACUACUCUCUCUCGAUCAAUCUAAGCUCAGCUCUACUCGCUCGCAUAUGGCUCGCAAAGGCCUAGACGCCAUAGCCAAAUCCGACAUCGAAGCUCUGGGGAUUUCAUCCUACGAAAUUUACGAAAAUCUCUGUCAAAUCGUCAGUAAUUACGGUUAUGACACUCCGGAGGCGUGGAAUCGAAUCUCUAAAACCCUCCUUAUUCCCAACCUUCCCUUCGCUUUUCACCAGAUGAUGUACUAUGGCUGUUACAAGGAUUUCGGCCCUGACCCGCCCGCUUGGAUACCCGACCCGGAAACUGCAGUUUUAACCAAUGUUGGCCAGCUGUUAGAGAGGAGAGGAAAAGAAUUUUUGGGUUCGAGUUACAAGGAUCCCAUUUCAAGUUUCUCUGAUUUUCAGAAAUUUUCAGUCUCAAACCCUGAGCUCUAUUGGAGAACUUUGUUUGAUGAAAUGAAUAUAUCAUUUUCAGCACCUCCCCAGUGUAUUUUACGAGAGAAUCCUUCUGGGGAAAGCCACUUGUCAAACCCAGGUGGUCAAUGGCUUCCUGGAGCAUCUGUGAAUCCUGCAAAACAUUGCUUGAGUGAGAAUUUCAAGAGAGCCUUGAAUGAUAUAGUGAUAAGAUGGCGCGAUGAAGGUGAUGGUGAUGCACCUGUAAGCACCAUGACUCUUGAGGGAUUGCGUAAGGAGGUUUGGUUAGUUGCACAUGCACUCAGUGCACUGGAUUUGGACAGAGGAUCUGCAAUUGCAAUUGAUAUGCCAAUGAAUGUCAAAUCUGUGGUUAUCUACCUAGCUAUCGUUCUUUCGGGCCAUGUAGUUGUAUCUAUUGCUGAUAGUUUUGCUGCACCUGAAAUAUCUACAAGGAUUAAAAUAUCAGAUUCAAAAGCUAUAUUUACACAGGAUGUUAUUAUUCGUGGUGACAAAUCUCUACCCUUAUAUAGUAGAAUUGUGGAUGCUGGGGCUCCGAUGACGAUCGUUAUCCCUGCCCAAGGAUUCAACAUUAAAUUACGGGAUGGUGACAUUCUUUGGCAUGAUUUUCUUGAAAAAGUCAAAAACUUCAGGGAUAUUGAAUUUGUUGCUGUAGAUCGACCAGUAGAAUCAUUUACGAACAUCCUUUUUUCAUCGGGAACUACAGGGGAGCCAAAAGCAAUUCCAUGGACGCAUAUAACUCCACUCAAAGCUGCUGCCGAUGCUUGGUGCCAUAUGGAUAUCCGCAAAGGUGAUGUGGUUGCUUGGCCCACUAACCUCGGGUGGAUGAUGGGUCCUUGGCUGGUUUAUGCUUCAUUGUUAAAUGGGGCUUCAAUUGCAUUAUAUAAUGGAAGCCCUCUGGGUUCUGGCUUUGCCAAGUUUGUCCAGGAUGCUAAAGUAACAAUGCUUGGUGUAAUACCAAGUAUUGUACGUGCGUGGAAAGGUACAGAUUGCAUAGCUGGCUAUGAUUGGUCUGCCAUUCGUUGCUUUAGCUCCACUGGUGAAGCAUCUAGUGUAGACGAAUAUCUAUGGCUGAUGGGGAGAGCUUGUUACAAACCCAUAAUCGAAUACUGUGGUGGCACAGAGAUUGGUGGAGCAUUUGUUUCAGGGUCAUUACUGCAGAUUCAGUCAUUGGCAGCUUUUAGCACACCAGUCAUGGGAUGCAGCUUGUUUAUUCUUGGAGAAGAUGGUCAUCCCAUUCCACACAAUUUACCGGGGAUCGGUGAAUUGGCGCUAGGUCCCGUAAUGUUUGGAGCUUCAAGUACCCUGCUAAAUGCUAGUCACUAUGAUGUGUACUUCAAGGGAAUGCCAUUUUGGAAUGGAAAGAUUCUGCGGAGGCAUGGGGAUCUUUUUGAGCGUACUUCUAGAGGAUACUAUCGUGCGCAUGGCCGUGCAGAUGAUACCAUGAAUCUUGGAGGCAUCAAGGUUAGUUCUAUUGAGAUUGAACGUGUAUGUAACACAGUUGAUAAUAGCGUUCUCGAGACAGCAGCCAUUGGUGUCCCACCUCCUGAAGGUGGACCUGAGCAAUUGGUAAUUGCCGUUGUAUUCAAGGAUUCAGAUAAACCAACUCCAGACAUGAAUCAAUUGAGGAUAUCUUUCAAUUCAGCAGUGCAGAAGAAAAUAAAUCCUUUAUUCAAGGUGUCUCAUAUUGUGACCCUUCCCUCUCUUCCGAGAACGGCAACAAAUAAGGUUAUGAGAAGGGUUUUGAGGCAGAAAUUUGCUCAGCUUGACCAAAAUGCCAAACUAUGAAAGAGAUACUUUUGUACUUAAAACUGUUAAUGUGUGGAAUGAAGUGAAAAACAUUCAAGAGAAAAAUGUAGCUUAAAACUAAAAUGCCCCCAUUGUGAUUUGCAGUUGCAGGUGAAAUAAAAUAGCAGGUGUCCAAAUCUC